GGGGAGCUGGCAAGUCCUGCAGGAGGGGCAGGAGAGCGCGAGGAAGGCAGGAAGGAAGAAGGGAGAAAGUGGUCCGGUCCCUCCCCGCUUUUCUUUUCUUUUCUUUUCUUCUUUAUUUUAAGGGGAUGAGCUUCGGAAUUUUUCCUUGCAACUUCAAAAAUCCCUCCUCCUCCAACAACCUCCACUUUUGCUUUAAACCAUCCCAGUCCCAGACACCAAGGUCACGAUAGACGUCCCCUCUCUUAAAAGCAGGAAAGAACCCGCAACUGUUGGAAUCCUCGAGACCCGGGUCAGCCUCGCUGAGGAACUCGAAGGCGGACACGGGAGAAGGACGGUCGUGUGAAAGGGAGGCUCCUGCAGUGAGACCCAUCCCCGCUGAAGCGCCCAUUCCCACCAGCACCCACCCUCGAUGCCGCCCACCAUGAGGACGGCGCUCCUGCUGACCUGGACCGUAUCCCUGAGUUACUUUGCAGACCCAGGGUUGGCGGCCUAUUUCUUCCAACAGCCCAUGGACCAGGUGAUUGUGUCCGGACAGUCCGUGACGCUGGCUUGCGUGGUGAUGGGCUACCGAGGCAUGGUGCAGUGGACCAAGGACGGGCUGGCCUUGGGGGGAGAAAGAGACCUGCCAGGCUGGUCACGCUACUCCAUUGUUGGAGAUGCAUCUGCUGGGCAGCAUAACCUGAAGAUUGACUACGCUGAAUUGGAUGAUGAUGCCAUCUAUGAAUGCCAGGCCACUCAGGCCGCCCUGCGGUCGCAGAGGGCCAAGCUGACCGUACUUAUCCCUCCCAACGACCCCGAGAUCCAGAACGGUCCCAUCGUGCAUGUGAUAUCCAACAUCCCCUACAACUUGUCGUGCCGUGCUGCCGGGGCCAAGCCAGCUGCCGAAAUCAGCUGGUACCGAGAUGGGCAACGCCAGGAGUCUGCCAUGUACUCCAAGGCCCUCAUGGAUGACGGCAAGCGAGAAGUGGCUGUCAGCACCCUCCUCUUGACCCCCAGCAGCAGGGACAUGGGCAGUUCGUUCACCUGCCGAGUCAGCAACCCAGCAGCCCCAGCCGGCAAGCAGACCACGGUCACCCUCAAUGUGCAAUAUCCACCAGUUGUCAUGCUCUCGGUGCAGCCACAAACUGUGGCCGAGGGUGGCAAAGUGAGCUUCCUCUGCACGGCCACCUCCAACCCCGAAGUGACAGGCUACAGGUGGGCUAAAGGAGGUGUACCUAUUCCGGAGGCCAAUGGCGACAGCUACGAGGCAACGGUUGACCAGUCCUUCUUCACAGAGCCUGUGUCGUGUGAGGUGUCCAACGCUGUGGGCAGCACCAAUGUCAGCACGCUGGUGGAUGUGCAUUUCGGACCCCGCCUUGUCUCUCAGCCAAAGCCCCUGACGGUCGACGUUGGUGCAGACGCCUCUUUCACCUGUACCUGGACUGGGAAUCCUCCUCUCACCCUGGCCUGGACCAAGAAAGGGUCUACUGUGGUGCUGAGCAACGGCAACACUCUGCAUCUCAAGGCGGUGACGCAGGAAGACGCUGGCGUUUAUGUGUGCAAAGCCAUUGUGCCGCGCAUUGGAGUGGCGGAGAAGGAGGUGACCCUGGCUGUGAACGGUCCACCCAUUAUCAGCGCAGAACCAAGCCAGCAGACUGCAGUGGGAACCAAGGCACGGCUGGAGUGCUUAGUGGGGAGCGUCCCACCUCCUGAUAGGAUAGCCUGGGCGUGGGGUGAACGGGUACUGGAUGCUGGAUCACUGGAUCGCUUCACCGUGGACACGGUGGUGACAGACCAAGGGGUGCUCUCGGCCUUGCUGAUUGACCCGACCCACGACACUGACUUUGCCCUGCCCUACAACUGCACGGCCUGGAACCGCUUUGGUGCCCGUUCUGCGGCAGUCAGCUUGCGCCGCCAAGAAGUCCUGUCCGUCCUAAUUUUGGGUGCUUUGGCUGCCUCCGGUGUUGCUGCCCUCCUCCUGCUGGUGGUCUUCUUCUCUCUCUGCUACCGGCGCAAGCGCUGUGGGAAAGCCAAGCGGGGAACGCAGCUCUCCAAGGCAGACAUCCUGGUGCAGAUCACAACGAGCGAGAGCAGCCCCAGCCGGCCGAGCGAGACCGAAGACGAUGCCAAGGAGCCUAUGGCCACAAGCAGUGAGUCUCCAGCUACAUCCCACACUGAGCACAGUGAGAUCCUGGAGGAUGACGAAGGGAGCCAAGAGCUGAAGGAUCCAACCAAUGGCUACUACAAGGUGCGCGCCCACGAGGAACCAAGUUUGGUUAGCAGCUUCUCGGAGUACACGCCGGCCCCCCGCCCAUUGUUCGGGGCGACCUCUCUGUACCCUUCCACGGGGCCAGUUCAGCCCAAACUGUACGAAUACGCUCACCGCUAUACCCUGGGCACACCCGGCUCCCGCUCAGCCUAUGACCCCCACGAGCGUCUUUUCCCCCAGGAAAACAUCUACAGCGGGUCGACCUACCUCACCGCCCCCUAUAGCCGGGCCUUCACCAGCUACGUCAAACCGAGCAGCUACGAGAAAGCGGAGAGCGGCUACGGGCAGUCGGACCAGGCCAGCAAAGUCUCGGGUUGCUCUCGCUUCUCCUACACGUCCUUGUCCCAACAGUCUGACUAUGGGCGCCCCGCUCACCAGCGCAUGCAGACCCAUGUAUGACUCGGGCCCGUCCCCUGGCAAAUGCCGGUCACCUCCCGAGAAAGAGAAAAGGGAACAGACUCCGCUCACUUGUGGCUAAUGGACUCGGAACGGCCAGGGUGAUAGACUGGCAACCCUCACUUUCCUCCUGAGGGUGCCCAAUUCUCCUUGUGUGUAUAUCGGUGGGUUGGGGUGGGGACGGCGGCAGGUAGCUGGCUCGGCAGCCAAGAUGGCCGACAGCCCUCUCGCCAUCUUCUGACUGGGACCAAGCCCAUCUCACUCGGGCAGGCAGCAAGGAAACCAACAUCCUGCCUGCCUUCGUGCCAGGACGUGAAGAGUGGGUUUGAAAACGGUGGAAAGCCUUGGCUGAGACAGAGGACAGACUUUCCGGGGAAUCUGUCUUGACUUGUAAGAAUCCGGAUUCAAAAUGGCGGGCACAGCUGUCUGUCUGACAAAAGCAUUGGCGUAAGAAGCCAGUGGGUGCUGAAAACGGUGCACAGUAUGGUGCCGGGACAGUGAUGGGACUACGUGAUGCUUGUUCUCUCUCCUCACCCUGAAACAGAGCUGCCUCGAGGGCAAAUCCCCUGCCGUCAAGGCAAGAUUCUCCACCAGCCGCAUGAUUCUGGGAAAUCUCCAAGCAUGGGCCCCUCCCUAGUGCUUGCCUUUUAAUUUUUUUCCUGGCUUGAUGCUGUGGUUUAAAUCAUUCCCUCUGCCCCCCUCUUUAGCUGGGGUGUCUCCUAGACUCCCGCCCAUCCCCUUUAAUUAAAGACAAGCAAAUAAACAGGCAAAUAUCGCUUUGAACAGGACGGCACCUGCACUGCACCGGGCCGACAGGGAGGUGGCGAUAGUGCUCAACGUUUAUGCCAUUUUAAGACUUGCCAGGACUCUCUUUAGGCACAUUUAAAAGGACAGGAUGAUGCUGAGGAUUAAAAUCCAAUUAUUAAAAAAGCCAAGGAUGGGACUUGGGAGGAUAUAGGAAGCCAAAAGCCAAUGGGAUCUGUUGAUUUCAUUUGUGAGAUUCUUUUUCUUUUCUUUUAAAUAAGUUAUUCCUUGUUAUUACUUUUUGCCUUAAGUGUAUUUCUCUGCUAUUGAUGGUUCUGACAUUUUUGUUUCAAUCUUUCCAGAAUCUCUUGGGAGUGCUUUAGUUUUUUUUGGGGGGGGUGUAUUUCCCCGUUUUGUUUGUUUUUGCAAUUUUUAUUAUUAGACUGGGAUUUCACACUAGCACACAACGGUCACGCCUGUUUGAGUGUGUUGCGUAAGAUAAGGGGGAGUUGUAAAUGUAUUGCCUACUGCAGAAUUCAAAUAUUUAUAUUUAAUUUAAAAAGCAGGUCGGAGUUAUGCUUUUGUUAUUUUAGCCUUAGAAUGCUAGGCAGCGGGACAGAACACAAAUACACACCAGUGGAAUUCUGGGAACAGAGGAAGCUGCCUUGUACGUACCAGGGCAGACUGGCUGGUAGAGAAAAGUGUGUUACCCAUACACUUUCCAGCAUAUAUUUGCAACCUAUGAGAUCUGGGACCUUUCCUUUUGAAACUCAAAAUCUGAAGGAAAAGGUGGGGAACCGUUGGCCCUCCAGAUGUUGCUGGACUAUAAUUGAAGGUCACAGGUUGCCCACCUCUGCCUUAGAUUCUCCAAAAGUGGUACCCAAUACUCUGUUCUGCACUUCCAUUGAACUGAAGCAGAACCACAGCUCUGACCCAAUGCAACAGUGAACAGGAUUCCUGCGCAUUUGACCCUUUUGCAGAAGAACAGAUUUCAGCAGAUCCCCUGUUGUGCAAUACAGUCAUACCUCGGUUUGCGAACGUGAUCCAUGCGGGAGGCACAUUCACAACUCACAGCGUUCACAGCCUGAAGCGCCAUGUCAGCGCACGCGCAUGAUGCGAUUCGGCGCUUCUGCGCAUGUGCGAGCACCAAAACCCAGAAGUAGCCCAUUCCAGUACUUCCGGGUUCGGCAUAGUCCACAACCCAAAAAAGCGCAACCCGCAGCGUUUGUAACCUGAGGUAUGACUGCAAAUACUGAAGGUGCUGAACCCGUUCUCCUCCACAGUGGGGGGCUUCCCCCUAGGAUAUCUGACAUAGCACAACAUCCUUUGGGGAGGGACAGCAUCUCAAGUUCCAGCCCUGGCAUCUCCUGCUACAAAAACCAAGUAGCAGACGGUAUGCAAAGGCCAGGUAAAAGGGGGUUUUAAUGAGAAGUAAUUUGCACUUCUCAAACCAUUACACAACCUGAAAUGCAUCCUUCAAAAUCCGUGCUUCUCCAAAUUUUUCAAUGCAGUUUUCCCACCAAAUCAUGUGAACAGAAAACAUACAUGACGGGGAAGUUUGCAGACAAGAAUGCACAGAUUCGGGGAAACUGCAUACGAAAAAUGCAUCACGUUAAGAGAAGUUGCUUGUGUAUAUUAAUCAGAACUGCAUACAAAAAAAUGUGUUUAUUAGGAGAGAUCCGCUGACAAAUUUUCCUGAGGAUUUGGGAGGGGGGAGUUUUCAGAAGUCACUACGGAAUUGUGGCAAACUGAAUUUAAGACUAGAAAAAUGAGAAAUUGAGCCUCGUCUAUCCCUAAGUUACACCGGAUGAGAAGUGCUUUAUUUUGGGGAAAGGGGUGCUGUUCAGCGGCAGCACACAUGCACUGCAUGCAGAAGACAUCAGGUGCAAUAGUUGGUUGCAGGUGAAGGACGCAUGCUGGAGACUCCAGUCAGUGGAUAAUACCAGACGAACAAAUAGUUGGACUUGUGUAUUAGACAGGUUCCUAUGUUACACACACACACAC